GGCGGAUCCAGGCGCCGACUAAGCCAAUGGGUUGUCGAGCGGGGUGUAACUUCGAGUCCCGUGAGGAUACACUGUGAGUUACAAAGAAACAAAAGCAACGGAGGCAACGAGUGCGCGGUGAGACAAAGAGGUGAAUUCCGCAGCAGACACGCGUGUAGCGCUAUGAAUAAGGACAGAGUAUUUCGGAAGCUCUUCGUGGGUGGGUUACCUUACCAUAGUAACGAAAUAUCACUCAGACGAUAUUUUCAGCGAUUCGGAGAAAUUGAAGAAGCGGCGGUGAUAACGGACAGGUUAACUGGACGAUCUCGAGGUUAUGGUUUUGUCACAAUGGCAGAUUGGGCUGCAGCAGACAGGGCAUGUAAAGAUCCUAAUCCUAUCAUUGAUGGAAGAAAAACUAACGUGAACCUUGCCUUUCUUGGGGCCAAACCCCGCAUAGUACAUUCAGGGGGUAUGGGCCUACAACAAGUGCAUUCAACUCUAAUGCAGAGACCAUAUGGUGUUGCACCAUACUUGAUCCCACAGACCAUCCUUCAACCUGGCUUUGUCCUGCCCUCCACCUCGUACCUGGAUUCCAAUGUUGCAUUGUAUACACAAUAUCCUACCUACGAACAUUAUUACCCAGCCUCCCCUCAGUACCCCAGUCUUGGCUACGCCUACACGAUGCAGCUUCCAUUGCAAACUGGAAUUCCAAGCUUGAGCCAAUGCCAGCAUGAGCCAACAACAUUACACACAGCUGGACUUCAGAGACGAUAGCCAGUGUAAAUGAAAGCAGGCACAAGGCUAAGAUCUUGAGUGCUGACUCGGAGGAAAUUCUAGUACUGCUGAGUUUGUCAACUGUACCAUUUGGAUCUACUACCAUUGUAUUCGUAUUAAGAAUACCUUUUAAUUUUACAGCAAAAUACAAACCAAAAUUGAGGAAAAUGCAAAUUCUGGCAUUUGUACCUCCCAAGUAAUUUUUUUUUGUUCCCCAUUCCCCCUUCCAAGAUUCCUGCAAGUUAUAAUGCUUGAGUACUUCUGAUUUUUAACUUUCCCUCCCACCUUGAAGGGAAAAGUCAGUAUGCAAGUAUUUUGUAUUUGGAAAUGUGAAUUUAUUAUUAAUCUGAUUCAUUCAAGAAAUGGCAAAGCAGGGGUGGAUUGAGGCUGACCAACCACUGCAAGAUUACGAUCUGCUCAAGCCAGCUCAACAUUUAUCUCCACUGAAUCAGUCACUGACAACUGCAAAGAUGUAAUUACUACUGUAUCUGGCUAUCAUCUAGAACAUUUAUGGAAAUCUUUAAUUGCUUACAUACAGAUCAAGACUUCUAUAAAGGAAUUGUUGCAUUGCAAUUCCAUGCUCAGCUCAGGAUUUUUUAAUAUAAAUGUAACUUUAUACUUUUGAUCCUAUAUGGAAGUAGUACACUUGGGGAUUCUUUUGCUUGAAUCAGCUAUGCAUCUAUUCCAGACCACUUGUACUUGGGGAAACAAUGCUUAAGUAAUUUAUGAAAUUGUGUAAUCUGUUCAUAGUGUUUAUUGUGAGUACUUAUACUUGCAAGUACUUACACUAUGAAUUGCAGAAAUUAACCUAUUUGAAUGCUGAAAGUGUUCCUUCUUUUCUCUGUAAACAUUAAAUUAAAUGAAUAUUUAUAAACAAAAUAACUGUCACUUUCAUAUUUGAUGCUAAGGAUUUGAAAAAUGUAUACACUUUUUUUUAUUUCCUGAACUUUUGUAGCUGCUAAUUUAAGUGCAUGAAGAAAUUUUAUUUAACACCUAAUUUAAGGGAAAUUUAGAACCUGCUUUGGCAUGAACACCAUUUGUAUCAAUCUGUUUUCUGUUUGCAUCUUUGUUUGUUUUCAGUUUUUGAACCAAUUGUAUGGAAGAUGUCAAGAAAAUGAUAUCUGCGAGCAGCUGAAAAACGAAUGCUUUGUUCUUCUAUUGUGUGUUGUAAUGGUGUGUUGCAAUAGGAUCCCUGGCUGACAAUUGUACCAAGCAAUAUCUAUGUCUACAGUGAAACAAAGUUUUUAUAUAAUAGUAAAUUUAGGUGAACCACAAACCAGCAGAAUGCAAUCUGAAUUAGCUGAUCUUAGCUAGUCUUCACCUAAAAUGUCUUGCCAGUAUUCACGUAUCAUGAUGGACCUUUUUAGAUGGAGAUUUGGGCAGUAAGAUGGAUGGAGCUGAGAGCAUACUUGGGAAACUAAGGAUGUCUUGCCCUUGUCUGAUCUUGAUUUAUGUUCCUGCUUUAGCUAAUCCCACUAAGAAGUGGAUUCUCAGCGCCCCCCCCACAUAAAAAGUCUACAAAGUAUGAAAAUUAUAUCUCAUGCCUAAAAUUCCAGAACAUUUAAGGUAAAAUAUAAAGUUGCCAUAGUCCUAAUGUACCAAAACCUGUGCUGUCAUUGGAGAGAUGCUUGGUGGGGAUUUAACCUGAGGAUCACUGUGCCUCAGGCAAGGGUAGAGUUUGAGAAGGUGGGUCUUUCAUGGUAAUCUUAGCUAGUUUGGGAAUUGAACUCCUGCAUUGCAAACUAACAGCAGAAUGCCACUACCAGUCCAGUCAACUGAGUCUACCAACUCCUUCAUUAAACAUAGUAUGAUGCACAGUAGAUCCUCCAUCACAAUCCCAUUAAACUGGCUUUGUACUUAAAACCCACUUUUCAAAGUCCUGCAAUGAGAUUUCAUUCAUUUUUCCAAUAACUUUGUGCACCCUCAAUUAUCCUUUAUUCUGUAACUGGAUGGUUGGUUUUCUCCAGUUUCUCAAGAGCAUGAGAAGUGGUAGAUCAUACAACUCAUCAACUGUGCUAUUCAACUUGGUCAUGCCUAAUCUUGAUUCAGCUGCACUUCUGUCAUGUAGUCCCCACAUCCAUGUUGAUGUAAACUAUGCCUGUUCCAGCCUUUGUAUUCAAUGGAGCAGUCACAUACCUCUGGACUAGAGAAUUCUCAUGUUUCAAACUUUUUAAAAAAAAAUUAUAAUUUUUCCUAAUUAAUCAGGCCCUCAUCUUGACUACUGUGUUUUAGUUUUUGUUUCUAUUGGUCAAUCUAUCAAGUCCCUUGUCUGUUUCAACAUUGUUAAAAGGUG